UUUAGAAACGGAUUCAAAUAAAAAUGAGGUGAUGCGAAACAGAAUAGCAGUGCUUCCAAAAUAUAAUAGAACACUGGUGGAGUGCAACAGAACCGAAUAAAAUAGAAAUCAUGUGAACUUUCCCUGGAGAAUGGUGCAGAAGCGUACAGAAGUGAGGCGCGUCAACAGCUCGCGUGUGUGUCGCGGCGUAGCUCAGGAACUCAACAGGAGCCCGACCUUGACAGACUGAGAGACCGUCCUCCUCAUCCUCAUCCUCAGCGCGAGGUCCAGUUCAGCGCGCGGUCCAGUUCAGCGCGCGUCAAGCUCAGCUGGCACUUCCUGGGGUGUAAGGGACUGCUGCUGUUACGCUGCUGUUACAAUGGACGCCCAAUCACAAGGCCAGCAGUCUCCAGUGCCAGUGUUUCAGCCACAGAAAAUCCAACAGGAUCUGGGCUAUAACAAUUUAGCCAAUUUUCACAUUGAAAAAAAGAUUGGAAGAGGACAGUUCAGCGAGGUUUAUCGAGCUACAUACAUGCUAGAUCAUACACCAGUAGCUUUGAAAAAAGUGCAGAUAUUCGACUUGAUGGAUGCCAAAGCUCGGCAAGAUUGCAUCAAAGAAAUAGAUCUCCUGAAGCAAUUGAACCACCCCAAUGUAAUUAAAUACCACGCGUCAUUCAUUGAAGAGAACGAGCUAAAUAUAGUACUGGAACUCGCAGACGCCGGGGACCUCUCACAAAUGAUAAAGCAUUUCAAGAAACAAAAACGGCUGAUUCCUGAGAAGACAGUAUGGAAGUACUUUGUUCAGCUAUGUAGUGCACUGGAGCACAUGCACUCCCGCCGUGUCAUGCACAGAGACAUUAAACCCGCUAACGUCUUCAUCACAGCCACUGGAGUGGUGAAACUGGGCGACUUAGGCUUGGGACGUUUCUUCAGUUCCAAAACAACUGCAGCUCAUUCUCUAGUGGGCACCCCAUAUUACAUGUCUCCCGAGCGAAUACACGAAAACGGAUAUAACUUCAAAUCUGACAUCUGGUCGCUAGGCUGCCUGCUCUAUGAGAUGGCCGCCUUGCAGAGUCCAUUCUACGGGGACAAAAUGAACCUCUACUCGCUGUGUAAAAAGAUUGAGCAGUGUGACUACCCACCACUGCCGUCUGACCAUUACUCUGAAGAGCUGAGAAAACUGGUAGAUAUGUGCAUCAACCCAGACCCAGAGAAAAGGCCCGACAUCACCUACGUAUAUGACGUCGCCAAACACAUGCACGCCUUGACGAUCGCAAACUGAGUCUGCUACCCGAUUCCUCUUGCUUCUACUUUUAAGACCUUCGUCUGGCCCACAAAUGUCAUUUAAAGCUUGUUUUGCUCCAUCGUAAUGCAACCUGACAGCUUUCAGUACAAAAAAAUACAACGAGUCACAAAGCAAGGCCUUUUGGUUUACUAGAACUACACUCAAAAAGGCUAUAAUGACCAUUGCCCUUUACAUAUAGCACUUCUAAGAAGAAAAAGGAAAAAUAAGCAGUGUUGUAAACUGGUUUGACUUGAUUUUUGCUCUUUCCGAUGUUGAUACUAUGCGAUGAUUGCAUAUUUACCUCCAUUUUUCCCUGUCAUUAGCAUGAAAUGUAAAUCUGACAUGCUUUUCAAAAUCCCACAAUGCCCGUUCCAAGAACAUUUUCACAGCAAAACCUUACGAGAAAAACAUCUCUAUAAAAAAAAAAAGAAUUAAAAUUCCCCUUAAAAGGCAACUUUGUUGCAUUCGAAAUGUCAGAGGUUUGUCGUUCUAUUAAAAGAGCGUGAGAUCAUAGUAAUAUUUGUCGCAAUUUCCAUGGACGAAAUAACUAGUCCAGAUCUAAACCUCAGCAGUUUGUUCUUGCAUCUUGCUGUGAUGCUAUAAAAGCAUGCAUUCAAUCCAAGUAUUUCCUGUCCGUCCGCACCUGAAUAUAUUUAUUGCAAUACUUCUUGGUUUUCAAGCCUUAGACCUUUGCCGUUUAAAAUGUGUUAAAUAAAUCAUAGAUCAUGACAAUACGUGUGCGUUCAUGUAACGCAUUCAGGUUGAAGUCUUCCUAGUAUCCGCACCUCUCCGGCUGAUACUUGAACUUUAAUAAAUGAUUAAUGCAAAGGCUUCACUUGCAAUGCAGUAACUUAUAAAUAUUCACACAGUGCCUUGUUCUGCACUUCAGAAAGCGCAAAAGCAGAGCCUUUCUUCCUGUAAACCAAAACACGGUCUUAUACCGAACUGGCAACAAUUACAUCAUUCGGUCGCUUUACAUGAAACACAACCAGUGUGUCGAGCGUCCUGAGAGAGGUACGUUUACAAAUGACUUUUUGCAACGCGUCGUGUGAGUGCGUUUGACCUCGGACAAUUCCGCUACGUUUAAACUGAAACGUUUUGACCUCUUCCAGGCUGUAAUCUCUGUGCUCCUGUGCUGCUUUUCCAGAAUGUGGCUUGUGAUCUUUGGCAGACUCGGCCUAAUAUGAGUUACACAAGCGUUAUGAAGUUAUACUAUACAGACAGCAGCUAUUACGCAGCACCUUUUGCAGACAGUAGGAUUUGCUGUGAUUGUACCAAGUAUAAAAUGGUAUGUUUUUUUCUAACUUUAGUCGAGAGCGUUUUUAGUGUUUACUUAUAUUUUUUGUCGGUGUUUUGCAAUAAUCACCUUUUUCUUUCGUCUUUUUGUUAACACGAUAACAGAUUAUGCUUGUUGCUUUAUAGAUGAUAGUAUGUAUUUAUCUUGACGAGGCACGCGAGGCCUGUUCCAGCGAGAUCUGGAUCCUUUACCGCGGUAAAGCACACAUGAACCGAACGCUCACUGUCUGCCAGACUACUUUCACCCCAAUCGUUUGGGAGGAGAAGAGAAGAAAGGCAACUUUUUAUUUAUUUGUCUUUUUUGACGGUUUAUUUGAACAUGUUUAACAUUCAAGAUGCACAUUCAUUCUUUAUAUGCUAAUUGAAAUGGAAAAAAAUAAAAUUAAAUGACUUAAACAUUU